AUGGUUUUUGAGUAUGGAAUUUCACUUGAUGGAGAAGAUGCUAAUGGCUGCUUUUUAUGUGAUGACAUAAUGCCCGGUGCACUCCACCGAUUUCUUUCUCGCUUCGUCAAAAUACAACAUGACGGUGGCAGUGAAGCUUCUGCUAAUGCUGCUGAUAAAGAGAAGGGUGAAGCUUCUGCUAAUGCUGCUGAUAAAGAGAAGGGUGAAGCUUCUGCUAAUGCUGCUGAUAAAGAGAAGGGUGAAGCUUCUGCUAAUGCUGCUGAUAAAGAGAAGGAACCUGCUUCUGUCAAAGUUAGUCAAAAAAGAAAAGGCGAUGAUGUGGUUCUUAGGAGUUGUGAAGCAGAUGCUAAAAAUAAGGAUAUUUUGAAAGAGGAAGCUUCUGAAGCGAUUGCUAGAUUUUUCUACAACAAUGCCAUACCGCUGAAGCUGGUAGAGAGUAAGGAGCUUGUUGAUAUGUAUAAUAUGAUUUCAAGACUCGGCGUUGGAUAUGAGCCACCUUCUGCCGAUGAGAUUAGAGAGAAAUAUCUGACGAAAGUAGGUAAGUCUACAGAUAAAGUCUUGGAAGAACACAGAGCUGUAUGGAAGACAAGAGGGUGCACUAUAAUGGUUGAUGCGUGGACCGACAACAAGAGAACCAUAUUGAACUUGUUCGCCAACAGUCUAAAGGGAAAAUACUUUUUGAAGUCUAUUGAUGCGUCUCAUAUGUUGGAGUCGGAGACGCCUUACGAACUCUUUAAUAUGAUGGAUGACAUUGUUGAAGAGGUUGGAGAAGAAAAUGUUGUCCAAAUUGUGACGGACAAUACGCCAUUCUACAAAGCUGCCGGUGAGAUGUUGAUGGAGAAGAGGACUAGGCUGUAUUGGACACCUUGUGUCACACACUGCAUUGAGAUGAUACUGGAAGACUUCAAGAAGAAGAUACCUAUAUAUGGAAACACAAUUGCAGAGGGUAAAAUAAUUACAACCUUUAUUUAUUCGAGGGAUUCUAUCGUUUCUCUGUUGCAUAGCUUCACAUACGGAAUAGAUUUGGUGAAAACAAGUAUUACUCGUUGUGCUUCGUGUUACUUGACUUUAGACUGUCUUUAUGAGAACAAGGGAGUUUUGAGAAAAAUGUUCCAAUCCAAGGGAUGGAAAUCAAGUGAAUUUGCAAAAACAAGGGUUGGAAAAUUGGUUGAGGAUCUUGUUUUUGACAAUGAGUUUUGGAAAAAUGUUUUGAUUUGCUUAAAUGGUGCAAAUCCUUUGAUCCAAGUGCUUCGUUUGGUGAAUUCAAUCGGCGAACCAGCCACUGGUUUUAUUUACGAGGCAAUGGAGCAAGCUAAGGAGGAGAUAAGAAGCAAACUUUCCAUUGAAAGUUUUAUGCCUUUAUGCAAAAUCAUUGAUGAAAGAUGGGACAACCAACAUCUCAACCCUUUGCACGCGGCAGGCUAUUUUCUCAACCCCCAAUAUCAGUAUUGUAUUGGAUUUAGUGACGAUAAUAUAAUUACGCAUGGUCUACAUCAUUGUAUAACAAGGAUGGCGGGCAGUCCCGAAGAAAGAACUAAGAUUGAAAUUCAACUAGAUGAUUUCGAAAGACGGACAUAUCUUUUGGGUGAUCCUGUUGCUAUAAUGACAGCGGGUUAUGAGAUUCCGACAGUUUGGUGGGCUGAUUUUGGAGGUGGAUUACCGGAGCUCCAAAGUCUCGCGCUUCGUGUAUUAAGUUCAACAUGCAGUUCUUAUGGACCUGAGAGUAAUCAAAGUGCUUUCAAGAUGGUCUAUCCCAAGAGAAGAAAUCUUUUGAGACAAGAAAGUCGUAAUGAUGCUGUUUUUGUGAUGGUUAAUUCAAAAUUGGGUGAGAAGAGGCAAGCUAGAAGAUCAGUUGAGCUAAGUCUGGACGAUAAUGGAGAUGAUGAAGGUUUAGAUGCGGACCACUUGGAAUAUGAGAUGAUUUCUGAUUUGCAUGGCGAAUAUGCUAAUGGAGAUGAAGAUCAAAUAGAAGCUUGUUGGUGUUAA